ACGCUGUUUGCUUUGAGCAGAUGGGUUCUUUACAUGUUGACAACUGCACAGAUUUUGAGAACAAUGGAUUUUGCUUUUCACAGAGUGAUGGCAGCAGCUCAGAGAGGACCCUGGAUGUCGGCAGCAGCAAUAUGACAAUUGGAGGAUUGAGGACUAUUGAAUUUAUUUCAUUGCAUCCUGCUCAGAUAAAAACCCAUGACUUUGUUGGAUGUAUUCGAAACAUUAAUGUAAAUGGCAUCCUGCUCAGACCUUCAAUGGCCCUCACAACAUACAACAUUCUUUAUAGGUGUCCUCGAGCGACAGUGUCCCCGUGUCACGGUGAUCCAUGUAAAAACGCAGGUGUGUGCCAUGACCUCUGGUCUGACUAUCUCUGUGAGUGCAAGGGCCCUUUUAUUGGAAGCAACUGUGCCAAAGAGACAUCAGAGGAAGUUGUAUUGCGAUUCAAAGGCAACGACUACAUAGAGUAUGUCAUCAAGGAGAGAUUCAAGAGAGACCUCCUGCUGAAAGAGUUGCUGGAUGACAAAAGAGAGGGGAACGAGAAAGACCAAACCGUGAUCAAUAUCAAGUUUAAGACAAAAGGCAGUGGGGCAUUAAUGUGUGUUAUUGGACAGACAGGAUAUAUCGUGCUGAAGGUAGGUAUGAAAUGCACUUAUAUACUCAUCUUGUAUUUAUUGUUGAAAUGUAAUACUGCUAGUGUUUUCUGCGUCAUUCAGAUAAAAGACACAAAGCCCGUGUAUCUCUCUGAAGACACGCUGUCGGGACACGUGUCAGAGUUCACUGUGGACGCUCCAGUGGCUGACGGGGUCUGGCAUGUCCUUACCUUGUACGGCAAUGGGCAGACUGUGAUUCUUGCUCUGGAUGGAAAACCAGUCUUGAACAACACUGACAGAAGUGUGGAUCUCACUCCUGCUCGUGUGGAAAAGAUCAUCCUUGGUGCCGCUCUAACAGGUGAUUCAAAGCUCCAGCAGUCAGGGUUCACUGGAUGUGUGCAGUAUCUCAACGUGAGCGGUUACACUCUGCCUGCCAGCGGACGCAGUGUGAUGGUGGAAGUCUGGCCGAGCUGGAGUCUUGUGCAGUCCAGCUGCAUCUCUCCAGGCGUCUGCCUCCCUUCACCCUGCUCUGAGGGGGACACUGCCAGGAGGGUUUGUCUCUCUGGACAAUGUCAAACCCGGUGGAGGUGUGGACCUGCCGUGCAGGACAGGUCCUGCAUCUGUCUGCAUAAUGUCUCCGACCAGGCCUGCGAUAUCUGCAUCUCACCAGGAGAAAGUCACAAUCAGUGCUCCGGGACGCAGGGCAGAGUGCCUCUGUGGCUCACGGCGGUGAUUCUUCCCAUAAUCUCCAUCCUGGUCAUUAUAGGAAUGCUUGUAGUCCUUUGUAGAUUGAGGCGACGCAAUGCAAUGUGUCAGAGUGACAGCUUGCCGCAGAAGAGAGAGCAAGGGACAGAAAAUGCGGCAGUCUGUUUGGAUGACAACCAACUGCUCACGAACGCUGCAUCUGCAGAAGGAGAGAGACAGCGUGGCCCAGUGAGUGCCGAUCAGCAGGGGUCAGGUGUGGAGUUGUCCUGUGAUGCCACUCAGCCGGAGCCAAACAGUGAGCUGGAGUAUCAUGAGAUCGGCAGCAUCUCUAGUGCACUUCACUCGGACACUGCCUCAGUCAAGCUCAGCUGGCACAAGCAUUUGUGCGGCACCAAGUGUGUGAAAGCUGAUCCUAAGCGGUGUGGUGAUUUGAAGAGGCUGUUAGCAGGAUUUAGGAAAGGAGAGAGGGCCAAAAGUCCCGCGAACUCUCAGAGGAGGGCUUCACAAAACAAGCAGUUGUUUACUAGGAUUGAUGCAGAGCAGUCACAGCGUACACCGAAGAGAAGCCCACAGCCAGAGUUCCCAGAACCUGUGCAAUGCCUCACUUUUGAGGAAAUCAGUAAACUAAAUGCUCCUCUCAGGCAAAAAAGGCCCGAUCAAGUUUUCCUGACUUCUGGACACAAUUCGGCCACGACGGUAGAUGUCUCGUCUGACAGUGAAACAGACAGCACUUUCACCUUCUCGGGUUCGGAUUGUGGACAGCUCUCAGUUAUCAGCCCCAGAGGAUGUGGACAUGAACAAUCGAGCCUCUCAACACAUAGCUUCAGACAACAAGACAUUUUGCCUGUGAGCACAUUAUUCAAACACACCUGUCUCUAUACUGCAGGUCAGCAUGAAGACGAGAGUGCUCCCCCCAGUGCGUUUGAGCAAUGGGAAAGUAUUUUGAAUAUUCGUCUUCCUUUUAGCAGCUAUGUGCCCGUAUUUGAAGAUAUUGCAGGUCUACCCAUGCAACCUAGUCACAGCUACGACAUGCAAAGCGACAUAGAGGAAAUGAUUUGAUGGCCAUUAAACAUGCGUCACUAUGACCUAUCAAAACGUAAUGACAUGGAAACCCCGCGUCUUAUUUUGGAACAGUUCACUUCAACCAAAACUUUGGAUCUUUUCAUGUUUACUUUUGUCAAUUUCUGCUGCUUUUCUUCGGAGAUCGUCAUAGCAACCAGAGGGUGUAUCUGGUGAUGAUGCCUAAAUGUAUAAUUCCCAUGUAAAAAACUACUAUGCUGGAGAGAAAUGUUUCCCUAAUCAUUCAUUUGUCACUUAUUUUUCUACAUGACUGGUGUUGUCUCUGUAUCUGUAACGUUUGGAAGAUAAACACUUUGC